CCGCGAGGCCCCCGAGCUUUGUGGUUGCCGUGGAGACGGGCGGCGCAUCCCGAUAAAAAAGAGAAAAAACCUCAGAAGCAAAGGUAUGAAAUCAGUUCCUUCUUCAUCCUAGGUGACCAUCAAAAGCCCUUCUCAGAGGAAUUAGAGCAAGAACACAGAGACUAAACAAAUGGAAAAAAUCACUCAUCUGGAAGCUCUGAUGUUUAGUGCUGUGCUGGAGAGCUGUGUGGAUCAACUUGCAAUUCUUGGAUAUAUCAUGCCGGUUCCACACGAGGACAAGGCAGACAUCAACAAUGAAAUGAAAGAAAUGACCCAGGAGGAGCUGGAUAUUAACUCCCCAGAGCUUAUGUCAGCAAAGCAAGAGAGUGGGGAAACAGCUACCUCCACAACCCUGAAAAACACCGAACACAAGCAGCAGCAGGGGAAAACUGAAGAUCAAAAAAACACUCGCCAUUCUUCCAAAAGCUCCAAGAAACGCACCACCCGGGCUGCACAGAAGCUCAAAAAAAUUUAUGCUGACAGGCAGUAUGCAAGUGAUGUACUUACAGUCACUAUCAAAAAGAUGGAGGAAUUAGGAACAUUUAGUAGCCUAACAGACGCUAAUGAGAGAGAGAAGGCAGAAAAAAGCAAGUUUUUUGACAUCCUCGUCAGGGAGGAAAAAGGAAUGAAGGAGAUCAAGGCACUCCAGAAACAGCUGCAAGAUGUCAAGAAACAAGCUGAUAAAGACCUUCAGAACCGAGAUAAGGUUAUUGAUUGCCUCAAAGAUAAGCUUCAAGAGAGAACAGCCAAAUUGAACACAGAGAGCUAUUACAUGAAGAAAAACACAGAUCUCCAGAUCCAACUGACCCAGAAAAAGCGCAGCAGUGCAGAGAAUGCCCUGGAGAAGGAAAUCCAGAAUUUGAAGAGCAUAACUGAUGAGGAGAUGCAACUCCAUAUGGAGACUGAAAAUUUCCUCACACAGCAAUAUCAGAAGGUGAAGGAGAAGCUGGAAUACUGGAUGGAGAAGUAUAAUAAAGACACUGCUGCAAUAGAUGAAGAACUGGAUGAUCUAAGAGCAUUAAAGGCAGAGAACUUGGAAACGAUGCAGAGAUUUGCCAAGGAGUGCCUGACAUUCCAGGCAACCAUCAUCAUUGACCGGACAGACAAGGAGGCCAAGAGAAAACAAAGAGAGCAGGAAGCCCUGGAGCUGAAGAGUGCUGUGAAGGUGCAGGCCUGGUGGAAAGGUACAAUGGUCCGCAGAUUCCUUGGCCAAUACCAGGAGCUUGAGAAGUAUCUGAAGGAACAGUUAGCAGAGAAAGGAACAGUUAAAAGAGGCAAGGGAAAAUCUGGAGCAAAGAAGUAAGAAAGUGGCCACAGAGGUACUCCAGGACUGUUGCUGGGCAGGGCACUGUGGUAUGUCUGACAGGACAAAAUAAACCAUGUAACAGAGCUUGGGCAAUCCUGGAGAACACAGUUAAGGUGAAGCUGCACUAAAGAUCUUAAAGCUGCCUUUGCACAGCUUUUUUUUCCCAGCAGAAAGGGGAUUUGCUUCAAAGCAGUGAGAAACACUAUAUCCCCUGCAAAGUGCUUUAUGGGAACAGAACAGUGGGAAGUAAUCCUGUUACAGCCCAGGAACUCAGCAGCAUGGGAUGCUCUGCACCCAGAACCUCCUCUGCCAGCCCCAAAGCACCGGCCAUGGCUCUGGGUCAGGUGGGGACCCCAGCUGGGCUCCCUGUGCUCUCCAUGCCUCCAGCGCUGGCAUCAGCUCAGCAGGGGAGAACAUGGGCCGUUUGCAGUGUAAACACAAGAGCACUCAGAGCAUGCAGGUUUCCAUUCCCACAGUCCUGCACAGUGUCAGUGCACAGACAGAACAGCUCCACACACCCUCUGACCAAGGGGAGGAACACAGGGAAAAGGCAGCCAGCCAUGCUGCUGGCAGGAGCUGCUCUGUCACAGCCGUCCCCACCGCCCCAGCCAGCACCACUGCACAGUGGGACAGGGCUGAAGGCAGGGAGCUUUUAACCAAAAGGGAAUCCCUGCUCCAGACACCACUGUCAGUCUACAUGCAGGUCUGUGCACAAAGCCCUGUGGCUGAGCUGCCUGGUUUCUGACUCUCUCACAUGGGAGAUGAUCUCAAACCAUAGUCUGCUCUGCUCUUUGUGACCAGCCCGUGCUGGCCCCAUCCAAACCUCCUCGUGUCCAACCUGAACUGGGCCAAAAGCUCUGAAGUUCAUGUGAGAUGGCUGCAACCAUGAGAGCCUGUGGCUGAGCCCUGAACAGAAGGUGCUGGUGCUUUAUCAGGCAGACUUGGUUGUCAGGGGAGUGCUGAAGUUUGAUUCUCCAGACAAACUCCAUUAGAAGAGCCUGUGUUCCCACUGGAGCAUGGACACUUGUUUGAAACCUGUACCAGUUUUCAUCCCAGCACUGGUACUGAACGAAUUCCCUCUCUUCCCAUGUUCCCCACGCAGCACUAAGAGCAGGGAUCGCUCCAGUUCGGUGCUGGCAGGAACAGAGCCAGGACUGUGCUUGCACCCCACUGCAGGAAGUGCCUCAGUGCAAACCCGGGACUUGAGUUCCUAAUUCUAGCUCUUCAUGUGCUGCUGACUCUGCAUUUCACCACAGACCUGUGUUUUCUGUAUGUGACAGGGGAGUUAACAGGUGACCUGCUUGGGCGGAAGGAGUGAAAUUGAUAAUAAAACUCUCUAGAGGCUUUGAGCUAAGGAAAGCAGGAUGAGAUGGAGGCAGCAGAUCUCUGCUGUUUAUGUCAAACUCCGGGCACACUUUAUUAAUGAAAACAAACAAGUGAAAUCUGACCCUGGGCUGCACUUGCUCCUCAGCGGAGAAUGAAGCAGCUCUGGAAACCAAAACAAAGAGGCAACAGUGGAACAGGGUUUUGCCAUGAAGUUGGGGUGCUGAACAUCAGAUUCCCACA